GACUCGUGACCCUCCAAAUCCGAAUGAAGUCGGCCCUCUCUCUCGCUGCGGCUGUGCUGGCCCUGGCCGCCUCCGAUGCCGUGGUCUCUGCUGCGUCCUCGCUCCCGUCCAUCAAGCUCGGCUUCAACAUCCAGCGCUCCACCAUGGAGGUCUACGGCACCUCCAGCUUCGACGUGUACGUCAAGCCCGUGCUCAGCGGCAGCAACAUCUCGUUCGACGGCAAGGUCACGUUCCAGCAGGACGGCACCACGCACAACCUCGUCCUGGUCGACGGCAUCCCGUACCAUGAAGUGAUCAACAGCACGGCCGACUCCACGACGUGUCUGCCCACGCAGCUGUUCCCGAGCGUCCCGGUCAUUGUGGAGGCCAUCGCCUCGGCCACCGCCGUCUCCAGCGUCGACACGAACCAGGACAUCUCGUGCGCCAACGGCGCGUGGCUCAGCACGACCUUCGCUGGCGAGUCCUACGUGCUGUGCACGGGUUCAGACACCGAGGACGGCAACUUUACGGUGUACGGCGAAGACCUGAGCAUCUCGUUCGAGUACUUAACUGAAGACGUGACGAUCACCAAGCCGGCGAACGCUCCGAGCGACUGCACCGCAGUGUCGGACGGUUCGGUGGCGCUGUCUUCCGUGGUUCAGCUGUACGGUCUCAGCUCGUCAAGCUCGCGUCGUACGCUUAAGGAACAGGCUGGAGCUGCUCGCCUUGCUAGCGCCACGUGCGCGUGCCUAGGAACCCCCCGCCCGUGCCUUUUCUUCCACGGCAUGGACGUCGAGGCGGACGGCGGCAUUGUGGACAGCUAUUCCUUCUUCGGGGACAUCAAGGAGCACGCACCAUGCUGCUCGUCCUUCAGCUUCGCCAUCCUCAAUACCGUCGACUACGAAUGGUACAACGACACGCUGCAGGAGAAGGCUUGCAACGCCGCCAUGAACGUCAGCACUGGGACAACCGACAGCGGCUCGACGGAGAUCAACGACUUGAUCAUUGUGGCGCACUCCAUGGGCAACAACAUGCUGGCUGGAGCGUUGGCGACUGGCAAGUGCUCGAUCGGCAGUAACGUGGACUGGGUCGACCUGAGCGGACCCAUGAAGGGCAGCAUGGGCUCGGAUUUCCUGCACCAGAUCUGCGACGGAGGGAGCGUGCUUCAGGACAUUUUGGCUGAGCUCGGAGGACUCAUCGGUCAGUGUCCAGGCACUACCACGCGCAGGUCGCUGGUGUAUGAUGGCGGCAACUACUGCGAUGCCGCGUGCUCUGCUCGCUAUGCGGCCGCGCGAGCUGUGCACGAGAAGUACGUGACUGCGAGUAUGUGCGGCACGACGUACUCGGGACUGCUGUCCAGUGAGUACGCGGGCUUGCUGGCUGGAGGGCUGCUGAUCCCGCACCAUUCGUCCAAGAACGACGGCAUCGUGGAGUUCCAGAGCUGCAUCGGUAACCUCGAUUCCUCGUCCUUUGACGACACGUACUCAGCCACUUGGUACGCGGCUGCGUUGAACCAUGCCGACACGACGUUCCACAACGGCGAAGGUCUGUUCAGCAGCGCCAAGAAGCCGCUCAAGUGGUUCGAGUGCUUGCUGUGAAGAACCUGCUGAUCUCAGGACUGAGAGUUCGUAA